AUGUGGGUAAUUUCAGUGCGCGCGCAUGGACCGGUUGCCAUGGAAGUUUCUCGUCCACCGUUGGAUAAGAAAUCAGUCAAGCUGGAGGAGGCAGUGGAACAUAUCGAUGGGGUGUUACUGCCCCUGUUUCCAGAGCUGGAUGACAGCGGCAUUGACAGUGACAGCACGGAGUUGCUCGCUUCAUCCGCGCGUCAGUUCGGCGAGAGACAUGGCCAUUUGAACGAUGUCAGCAGCAGCGACGAGGAUCCAAUGGUGAAACCCUGGUGGGAGAGGAUCAACAAGUCAAAGGACGAUGAUCUUCUUAAAGCCCUGGAGGACGGCCGCGUUAAUCCCUUGGAAGUCAACUGGCCGAUGGGUCAUCGUCUACCCGACUUGCAUCGGACCUUCGGCGAUCUAAGCAUCGAUCCUGACCGUGCUUCUCCGCCGCUUUACGAAGUAGAAUUGACCGCGUCCGAUGAGGACGACGACGCUUCUGUCCUAGAGCUUGUCAUACCAAUGCAACCAUCGCGCUACAAACGCGUGCCGACCGCUUCGCCGAAGAAAGCGAAGCCGAAACCGAAGCAGAAGCAAAACCGAAUGUUCUACUACAAUUUCAUAUGCUGCAUGCGUAAGUAACUUGUGGAAUCUUUAUGUAUUCACUAGUCGACACAUUAAAUUAUUGCUGUUAUCGUUUUUGUAAACUAAAAUUAGCUGUUCUGAUAACUUAUAUGUAUACGUGCAAAUUACAACAUUGUAAUUAUUUUCUUAAAGUGUUUGUAGGUAUACUAAUAGUGUGCAUGAUUUCUUUUUUAUCGCACCAAAAUAUGCUGUAAAGUUCAAAGAAAUAUUAUUCUGAAAAAAUAUGAACUUCAAUAGUUUAACCAAGAAAACGUUUAUGAGUCUUGGUAAAUAUAAAAACGUUUAAGAGCCUUGGUAAAUUAUCAAUAAUUUACCAAGACUCUUAAACGUUUUCUUGGUUAAACUAUUGAAGUACAUAUUUACAUAGUAUACGAGUCUAGACUCGUGACAUCAAACUGUGUAGGUAGUAGGUAAGCUAUCAUGAGAGCUAUCAGGGUAAGUGACAAGAAAGAGCUUCUACUAUAACCAUAUUAUUUUAAUAGAGAAUAAUGUCAAAAUAAUUUUGCGGUCUCUAAUUGUUAACAUUAAUUCUUUUAUAUUACCGAUUUUCAAAACUGAUGAAUUAAAUUAUUUCUACGCCUAAUGGUUAUCAUAUCUAUAUAUUUUAUAUUCAUGUUAAAUGGAAUUUAAGAUGUUGGAAUAAUAACUUGAGAUUGGAGUGGAGAGUAAAGGAGGUGCUAAAUAUAAUAUUUAUUUGUUAUUUGAAGAAUAGGUGUGAGAAUUAUUAAUUAAUCAAACCAUAAUGUAUCAGAAGUUUUUAAGAAAUCCUCGCAACUUUAAAGCUAAUAAAUAUUUUUUCACGUAUUAAGUGUUAAGAUUCUAAAAUAAUAUUUUACUUAAUGUAGACAAUAGUUUGAUUUAUCUGAAUGAUGCCAAAUGUAUUUUGAACCAAAAUAUUUAAUAAAUCUAUAUAAAUCUUGACUUGUUACUAUGGGAAAUCGCUUCCUGUGAUUAUAUUUAAUGUUAAUUUAUUUUAAUUCAAUUUUCGGGAAGGAGUGGAAGGAAAUCUUUCAGAAAAAACUUAUCAUUUUAGUUAGGAUGAUGCGAAAUUAUG